AUCGGUUGAUGAUGGCAAUUAGAGAGCGUGAAGAGCCCUCGACUGACUGGGCCACAUUCUCCUGUCAGGUGAUGGCAUCAUGUUUGACAUAUGAAGAUGCAAAGUACAAAGAAAAAAAUUCGGAAGCGACGUCCGACCUAACAUUGAAUAAUGAAGAGCGGGAGAAGAGAAAAAGGAAGGGACUGCAGCAUACUCUUUCUUCAUUUGAGGAUGAGGACUUCUAUGACCAAGAUGAACGACGUAACACUCAGCCAGCCCCUCAACUUCCAGAACGUGCACCAGAGCCCAAGCAAAAACGCACACGUGAGCUGUGCGCACCUGCUUUAAACAGAAGGCAGAAAACAAUGAGCCAGCCAUCAUCGUGCAGGAAGCCGACGCCAAAUGGGCUGCUGCUGAAUCGGUCAGGCAUGCACCAGCUAGGACCAAGAAAAUGGAGCAGUGUGCCCCUUCUCAGGAGUGACUGAGGGGCUGCCACAAGGGGAGAAGGCAAGCAUGUUUCUGAUUACAAGGAUGGACAGUUGGGCUGGGCUAGUUGGUAAGAAUUCAUGUUAAAAAACAGUGCGAAAACCAGACAAAGGAAAAAGAACACACAGUGCCUUGUCCUGUGUGUUUUCUUAUCCGUGCAUUUUGCGCUGUUU